CGAGCGGGUCUAUCAGACGAGGCACACGCGAUCCGCGUAGAGGCCAGGCUCCUCAGGCGCCGGGCGCUUCCUCCGGCCCGGGCCGCGGCCCUCCCGCCCCGGCGGAGCCGCGCGGUGGAUUGUGGGCUGGGGGCUGCAGCGGCCUCGCGGCAGCCUCCGGCGCUAUCUGCCCGGAGCCGAGCGGGCCGACCAGGGCCUGGCCGGCGGGGCAAAGGCGAGGCAGUGGAGCAGGGAGCAGAAGCGCUAGGGGCUGUGUUCGCAGCGCGGCGGCGGCUCCCCUGGAGGCCGGGAAUGUGGGAGAGGCGGUGGCAGCAGCGGCGGAGGCGGCGCUGCGGACCCGGGGGAAACUGCUGGCUGACAGGACACCCGGGAGAGACGUGAGGGAGUCGCCGCUGCCUCCUCUCACCUCCGAGCGGAGCUGGGCUCGAGAGGGCGGCCCUGUGCUUCCCGGGCCGACCGGCCAGCGGGCGCAGGGCAGGAAGCCGGGCUCGGGCUCGGGCCCGGCCGGGCUCCGGGCGCCCGGCAGCCGCGGAGCAGCAGCCUCGGCGCGACGUGGAGGGCUGGAGGCGGCGGCGAUGCACUAGGCCUCGCUCUGGGGCGGCUGCCCGGGACCCGCAGUUGAGUGGUGAUUUUAUGCAAUGGCUUCAAGCCACAGUUCUUCACCAGUGCCUCAAGGAAGCAGCAGUGAUAUUUUCUUUAAGAAAGAGGUAGAUCCAUCAAAACAUAUUCGACCUGUGCAGUCACUCCCCGAUGUGUGUCCCAAGGAACCCACAGGUGAUUCAAGUAGUUUAUGUGUUGCCCCAUCUCUAGUUGCAGAUCAACAUAGAUGGACUAUAUAUCAUUCCAAAGUAAAUCUCCCAGCAGCAUUAAAUGAUCCUAGAUUAGCAAAAAGAGAAUCUGACUUCUUCACAAAAACAUGGGGAUUGGACUUUGUGGACACUGAAGUCAUACCUUCAUUCUACCUCCCACAGAUCAGCAAGGAACAUUUUACAAUUUAUCAACAGGAAAUUUCUCAGAGAGAGAAGAUUCAUGAGAGAUGCAAGACUAUUUGUCCUCCGAAAGAUACCUUUGACAGGACUCUUUUACAUACUCAUGAUAAAUCCAGGACAGAUCUGGAGCAAGUACCUAAGAUUUUUAUGAAGCCAGAUUUUGCCUUGGAUGACUCCUUAACUUUUAAUUCAGUUUUACCGUGGUCUCAUUUUAAUACUGCUGGUGGAAAAGGAAGUCGUGAUGCAGCUUCCUCAAAGUUGCUUCAAGAAAAGCUGAGCCAUUAUCUGGAUAUUGUGGAAGUAAAUAUUGCUCACCAGAUCUCUCUACGUUCAGAAGCAUUUUUUCAUGCAAUGACCUCUCAACAUGAAUUGCAGGACUACCUCAAGAAAACUUCCCAGGCUGUAAAAAUGCUUCGAGAUAAAAUUGCACAAAUUGAUAAAGUUAUGUGUGAAGGAUCACUACACAUUUUAAGACUGGCACUUACUAGAAAUAAUUGUGUUAAAGUGUUCAAUAAACUGAAGUUAAUGGCUACUGUUCAUCAGACUCAGCCUACAGUGCAGGUGUUAUUAUCUACUUCAGAAUUUGUUGGAGCAUUGGACUUAAUAGCAACAACACAAGAGGUUCUACAGCAGGAACUUCAGGGCAUUCACAGUUUCCGGCAUUUGGGAUCACAGCUCUGUGAACUAGAGAAACUGAUAGAUAAAAUGAUGAUUGCAGAAUUUUCUACUUAUUCUCACAGUGACUUAAAUAGACCACUGGAAGAUGACUGUCAAGUUUUAGAAGAGGAAAGACUAGUGUCUCUUGUAUUUGGACUGUUAAAACAAAGGAAACUUAAUUUUUUAGAAAUCUAUGGUGAAGAAAUGAUUAUUACAGCAAAAAAUAUCAUUAAACAGUGUGUGAUUAAUAAAGUUUCACAAAUAGAGGAAAUAGAUACAGAUCUUGUUGUGAAGCUUGCAGAUCAAAUGAGAAUGUUGAAUUUUCCCCAGUGGUUUGAUCUGCUAAAAGAUAUUUUCUCUAAGUUUACAAUUUUCCUCCAGAGAGUUAAGGCAACAUUAAAUAUCAUUCACAGUGUUGUUCUCUCAGUUCUUGACAAAAACCAAAGGACUAGAGAAUUGGAAGAGAUUUCACAACAGAAGAAUGUUGCAAAAGAUAAUUCACUGGACACAGAAGUGGCUUAUUUAAUCCAUGAAGGCAUGUUUAUAAGUGAUGCAUUCAGUGAGGGUGAAUUAACAUCUAUAGCAGUUGACACUACCUCUCAAAGAAAUGCAUCUCCAAGUAGUGAGCCAUGCAGCAGUGAUUCAGUAUCUGAACCAGAAUGUACUACUGAUUCUUCAUCCAGCAAAGAGCAGACAUCAUCAUCUGCUACUCCAGGAGGUGUGGAUAUUAUGGUCAGUGAAGAUAUGAAAUUAACUGAUUUAGAGCUAGGAAAGUUGGCAAAUAAUAUCCAGGAAUUAUUGUAUAAUGCUUCAGAUAUAUGUCAUGAUCGAGCUGUCAAGUUUCUCACAUCAAGAGCAAAGGAUGGUUUUCUUGAGAAACUAAAUUCCACGGAAUUCAUAACACUUUCUAGAUUAAUGGAAGCAUUUAUUUUAGACACUGAACAGAUUUGUGGAAAAAAAAGCAUGUCAUUACUUGGAGCACUUCAGAGCCAAGCUAAUAAAUUUGUGAAUAGGUUUCAUGAAGAGAGGAAAACCAAGCUAAGCCUCCUCUUAGACAAUGAGCGGUGGAAGCAAGCUGAUGUUCCUGCAGAAUUUCAGGAUCUUGUUGAUUGUAUAUCAGAUGGAAAAAUUGCUUUACCUGAAAAAAAAUCAGGAGCUACAGAAGAAAGAAAACCAGCUGAAGUUCUGAUUGUUGAGGGACAACAGUAUGCUGUUGUUGGAACUGUACUGCUGUUAAUAAGAAUUAUUCUUGAAUAUUGCCAGUGUGUGGAUAACAUCCCAUCUGUUACUACUGACAUGCUUACUCGUCUGUCAGAUUUAUUGAAGUACUUCAAUUCAAGAAGUUGCCAGUUAGUUCUUGGAGCUGGUGCACUGCAAGUUGUUGGACUAAAAACAAUAACUACAAAAAAUUUGGCUCUUUCUUCAAGAUGCCUACAGUUAAUUGUGCACUACAUUCCUGUGAUCCGGGCUCAUUUUGAAGCUCGACUACCACCUAAGCAAAGUAACAUGCUUAGGCAUUUUGAUCAUAUCACUAAGGACUAUCAUGAUCACAUAGCUGAAAUAUCAGCUAAGCUUGUAGCGAUAAUGGAUAGCUUAUUUGACAAGCUGUUGUCAAAGUCCCGGUUGCUCCUCUUCCAGUCCAGCUCUCUGCUGUGGCCCGGGAAGGCAGUGGAAGAUGGCCCAGGUCCUUGGGCGCCUGCACCCACGUGGGAUACCAGGAGGAAGCACCUAGCUCCUGGCUUUGGAUUGGUGCAGCUCCAGCCAUUGCAGCCGUUGCGGAGUGAACUAGCGGAUGGAAGACCUCUCUCUUUCUCUCUCUCUUCCUCCCCCCACCCCGGUCUGUAACUCUCUCUCUCAAAUAAAUAAAUAAAUAUUUUUUAAAAAUCUGUGCAAAAACUUGCACAUGAAUGUUCAUAGCACCAUUAUGCAUAAUAGCCAAAGAGUAGAAAUAACACAAAUGUUCAUUACUUGGAUCACUGGGUAGAUAAAAUGUGGCAUAUUCAUACAAUGGCAUGUCAUUCAGCCAUGAAAAGAACUGAAUAUUGAUAUAUGCCAUAACAUGAAUGGAUUUUUUUAAAAGAUUUAUUUAUUUACUUGAAAGGCAGUUACAGAGAGGCAGAAGCAGAGAGAGAGAAAAAGGGGUCUUCCAUCUGCUGGUUCACUCCCCAGAUAGCCGCAAUGGCUGGAGCUGAGCCGAUCUGCAGUCAGGAGCUAGGAGCUUCUUCCAGGUCUUGGCACGUGGGUGCAGGGGCCCAAGGACUUGGGCCAUCUUCUAUUGCUAUCCCAGGCCAUAGCAGAGAGCUGGAUCGGAAGAGGAGCAGCUGGGACUAGACCCGGCACCCACAUGGGAUGCCAGCACUUCAGGCCAGGGUGUUAACCCGCUGCGCCACAGCACUGGCCCCUCCAAAAAAUUUUUUUAAAAAUUUAUUUGAAAGAGUUACAAGAGGUGUAGGGAGUGGAAUGAGUUUAAUUUUCAUAUGCUAGUUUACUGGGCAAGUUUCCACAAUGACAAGGGCUGAGCCAGACUGAAGCCAGGAGCUAGGAGCUUCAUCUAGGUCUCCCAGGGGGAUGGCAGGGGCUCAGCCACUUGGGCCAUCUUCUGCUGCUUUCCCAGGCGCAUUAGCUGGGAGCUGGAGUGGAAGUGGAGCAGCCAGAACACUAAUGAGUGUCCAUAUGGGAUACCAGUAUUGCACGUGGUGGCUUUACCUGCUGUGCUACAAUGCUGGCCCCUGAAAAUAUUUAUAAAUUAGUGGCUAUACUUGUAUAAGUGUGAAUUUACUAAAAACCAGCGAGGUGUUCACUUUAAAAGGAUGAAUUUUAUGAUGUCUAAGUUGUAUCUCAGUUUGCUAAUAAAAAAUAGUAAGAGGAUAUUUGGUAUAUUUCUAGGUUGAAGGAAGACAAACCUUGAGUGAUCAUAUUUGCUUGUCUUAGACCAGUCGCAUGGUGACUUCAUGAUUUUGUACAACAGUGUAUUGAAGCUCAUCAUAUUUUAGUAAACUAUAUAAAAUUAUUAUGUUUAAAAUAUAUCAAAUUUAUCUUGUAAGUAGAAAUUGUACGUGACUUAAGCUAUCUGAAUUCUAAAAUGUAAGCCAAAACAUGAUUAUUUAAAUUUUACUGGUAUACCAGGUAUAAGAAGAGUAAAAUGAAUUCACCUGAAUUUAGAUUAGAAUGUGUAAUAUAAAAUGUUCCUUAAAAAAAAAAAGCCUCCUUUAUCUU